AACACUAUCAUCGCAAACGCCAAAAUUGCUCGCUCUCGCUCUCGGUCUCCAUAAUUUGGUGUCGUCGCUCAAGGAGGAGGUAGUUCUGGUCGUCUUCCAUGGCGUUUUCGAGUGCGAUCUUCUCCGUUUCUCCGUAUGCUGCUUCGCGUUGUUCUUUUGCGAUCAGCCUCUCUACGCGUUUUCCCGCUCAAAUCUCUCCUCCUGGUCUACCGGCUGAUUCGUUCGCCGUUCGCCGGAAGUUCGUGCACGGUGUAACCGGUCUCUGGCCGAGGAGUAUAAGAAACUUAGUCUGCAAGUCCACUAACAGCACCGAUGCCAUCACUCCAUCUUUGUCGAAAUCAGAAGAAGACGAUGACUAUAUUCCCAAACCGAUAGUUCUGAUUGACCAGGAUGCCGACCCUGAAGCCACCGUUGUGCAGCUCAGCUUUGGAGAUCGUCUUGGAGCCCUCAUUGAUACAAUAAGGGCAUUAAAAGAUUUGGGAUUGGAUGUGACAAAGGGAACUCUCUCAACCGAAGGAACAAUUAAGCAGACAAGAUUUUCAAUUACACGAUCAGAUACUGGCCGGAAGGUGGAAGAUCCCGACUUGUUAGAGAGAAUUCGGCUCACGAUUAUCAACAACCUUUUGAAAUACCAUCCGGAAUCCAGCGAGCAGCUUGCUUUGGGGGAGACAUUUGGAAUAAAGGCUCCAGAAAAGAAGAUCGAUGUUGAUAUUGCGACACACAUACAUGUUAAGGAAGACGGGCCAAAGAGGAGCCUGCUGUACAUAGAGACGGCCGACAAGCCAGGCCUGCUUGUAGAGAUCAUCAAAAUCAUGGCUGACAUCAAUGUCGAUGUGGAAUCAGCGGAGAUAGAUACAGAAGGUCUGGUAGCAAAAGACAAAUUUCACGUUAGCUACAGAGGCCAAGCGCUAAAUAGUUCACUGUCACAGGUGCUCGUUAACUGCCUGCGUUACUACCUCAGAAGGCCUGAGACAGACAUUGAUAGUUACUGACCUGGUGGGCGAAAAAGCACGAUCCAUCCUUUCCAGGAGUGCUUGGUUCGUCCUACAAUAUCAUCAUCCGCUCGCAUCUAUGUGUUGUUACAAAAUUUUAUUUGGGAGUUUGUUUGUGUAGCAUAGUUACUGUGUCGGAUCCGUUGCCAAGAUGGGUUCUGUUCCCUUACUUUGAUGUGGAAUCUUGUAUUUGGGCAAAUAAAGUAACGUCUUAAACUAUUUGGGUUCGGAAAGGGACAUCAGUUUGGUUUUC